AUGUGUUUGCACGGACGAGUGCCGAAUGGGGAGCAGACCAACUCGUUGGAUCGCUUUGCGCAAAAUCCACCCCUUCUCUCUCCUCCCUCCCCUCCAGCCUCCGGAUCCCGCACAGCCCUCCCUCCCCUUCCCACAGCACUCCUCUCUGGCUGCACCAGGGUUAGUCUGUGUAAGAAAUAGCAGGAACUGUGGCAGCAGCGAGAAGAAGCGGCUGAGACGCGUGGAACCUGAAAAAGUCUGGGUGCUCGGGUUUACCUCAUAGCGAGGUCCCAGCCAGCCGUCAGCACCAUGGACAGCAGCACCGUCCCCACCAACGCCAGCAAUUGCACUGAUCCCUAUACGCACUCUUCAAGUUGCUCCCCAGCACCUAGCCCCGGUUCCUGGGUCAACUUCUCCCACCUAGAUGGCAACCUGUCCGACCCAUGCGGUCCGAACCGCACCGAGCUGGGCGGGAGCGACAGCUCGUGCCCUCCGACCGGCAGUCCUUCCAUGAUCACGGCCAUCACCAUCAUGGCCCUCUACUCCAUCGUGUGUGUGGUGGGUCUCUUCGGAAACUUCCUGGUCAUGUAUGUGAUUGUCAGAUACACCAAAAUGAAGACUGCCACCAACAUCUACAUUUUCAACCUUGCUCUAGCAGAUGCCUUAGCAACCAGUACCCUGCCCUUCCAGAGUGUCAAUUACCUAAUGGGCACAUGGCCAUUUGGAACCAUCCUCUGCAAGAUCGUGAUCUCCAUAGAUUACUAUAAUAUGUUCACCAGCAUCUUUACCCUCUGUACCAUGAGUGUCGAUCGUUACAUCGCAGUCUGCCAUCCCGUCAAGGCCCUGGAUUUCCGUACUCCCCGCAAUGCCAAAAUUGUCAAUGUCUGCAACUGGAUCCUCUCUUCAGCCAUUGGUUUGCCUGUAAUGUUCAUGGCAACAACAAAGUACAGGCAUGGUUCCAUAGAUUGUACACUCACAUUCUCUCACCCAACCUGGUACUGGGAAAACCUGCUGAAAAUUUGUGUUUUCAUCUUUGCCUUCAUCAUGCCUGUCCUCAUCAUUACAGUGUGUUAUGGACUGAUGAUCUUACGCCUCAAGAGUGUCCGUAUGCUCUCUGGCUCCAAAGAAAAGGACAGGAAUCUGCGAAGAAUCACCAGGAUGGUGUUGGUGGUUGUGGCUGUGUUCAUUGUUUGCUGGACUCCCAUUCACAUUUAUGUCAUCAUUAAAGCCUUGAUUACAAUCCCAGAAACUACAUUCCAGACCGUUUCCUGGCACUUCUGCAUUGCUCUAGGUUACACAAACAGCUGCCUAAAUCCUGUCCUUUACGCAUUUCUGGAUGAAAACUUCAAACGAUGCUUCAGAGAGUUCUGUAUCCCAACUUCCUCCACCAUCGAGCAACAAAACUCCACUCGAGUCCGUCAGAACACUAGAGACCACCCCUCCACGGCCAAUACAGUGGAUAGGACUAACCAUCAGCUAGAAAAUCUGGAAGCAGAAACCGCUCCAUUGCCCUAA